AUGGCUCAGCUGUUAUCCAGCUCAAAUUCUUUUGUAGGAAAACCAUUUUUUAAAGCACCAGAAAUAGACUCAGCUGAAGAAUUCAGCUAUAGUACUUAAGUAGACAUCUGGUCUUUAGGAAUAAUACUUUACUACAUGUGCACUAAGAAAUACCAAUACUAAUAAGGCAUGUCAAUAGCCUAGAUUAAGCAAAAAGAUUAGACAAAGCUAAUUUUACUUGAAGGUGAAUAGAAAGUAUUCGAGCCACUCCUUAACUAAAUGCUAUAGCUAAACCCUGAUUUAAGAAUAGAUGCACUCUAAGUACUUCUAGAACUUUGCAAACUUAAGAACGAACCAUUUAACAAGCAUUUAGAAUUAGAAGAACAAAAACAAAGCAAUCAUAGUCAGAGUAAUGAUGAACCCAAAAGUGCUUUUGCUUUAACGAUAAAAUCAACCAAUGCUAUUGUUAACGAAAUUAUAGUCAAGCUAGGAGAGUUUAAUUAUGGUGAAUUUGAUAAGGUUCAUCCAAAUUUAAACAGAAUCUUCAUGCCUAUUAUUAAAUAUGAUAGUGGUGCUAUGUAUCAAGGUGAAUAUGAUAAAUGUACUAAAACAUAUGAUGGAAGAGGAAGAUAUAUUUGGAGAGAUGGAGCAGUUUAUGAUGGAUUGUGGAUGGAUAAUUUUAGAGAUGGAUAUGGAAGACAAAUAUAAUCUAAUGGAAAUUAUUACAUUGGUGAGUUGAAAGAUGGUAAAUUUAAUGGAUAUGGAAAAUAUUAUUGGAAGGAUGGAAAUAUUUAUGAAGGGUAAUGGGUUAAUGGUAAUAAAGAAGGAUUAGGAUUGCUUAAAUGGAGUAAUGGUGAUUUUUACUAUGGAUAAUGGGUGAAUGGGGAAAGAUAAGGAGUAGGAGUAUACACUAAAAGUAGUGGAAAUAUUGAAGUUGGAUAGUGGAAGAAAUAAUAACAUGGAGUAUUGAUGUACAUUGCAAAGGAUGGAGAGUAGAUAGAAUUAAGGAAAUGGGAGAAUGGGAAGUUAAUUGAGACAUUAGUUAAAACAGAUAAUGUUUAAAAGUGA